AGUUGUUCAAACACUGACUUUUGAGCGGACAAGUAAGAGUUGUGUGUGUGUGUGUCUCUCUCUCUCUCAGUGGAUUAUGUGGAGGUGUCUGCACGAGUUCCAGGUUAACAUCUUCUUUUUCGGACGUUGAAAUCCUUCAUAGCACGCUUUUGGGAAUUUAAUCUGAACUUUGUGAGAAGAUGGAUAACAAGGAGGAAUCAAAGAGUUGUUCUGUCAGUGUCCUGACCUGGGAGCAGGUGAACCGGCUGAAUGAAGUUCUGACGGAGGUUGUCCCUGUUCAUGGACGGGGAAACUUCCCUACCUUAGAGGUACGUCUAAAAGACAUUGUGGCACGGGUGCGCGCCCGCCUGGAGCUGCGUGGUAUCAGAGUAAAGGACAUCCGUCUCAAUGGGUCCACAGCUAGCCACGUGCUGGUGCAGGAUAUUGGCUGGAGCUACAAGGAUCUGGACGUCAUCUUCAGGGUGGACCUGCCUCACGAGGGAGAGUUCAGGCUCAUUAAGGAUGUGGUGCUGGGUACCCUGCUGGACUUCCUGCCUGAAGGUGUAAACAAAGAGAAAAUUACACCCAUGACUCUCAAAGAGGCUUAUGUCCAGAAGCUGGUGAAGGUCAACACGGAGCAGGACCGCUGGAGCCUCAUCUCCCUCUCCAACAAUAACGGCCGCAAUGUGGAGCUGAAGUUUGUGGACUCAAUACGCCGGCAGUUUGAGUUCAGUGUGGACUCCUUUCAGAUUGUGCUGGACUCGAUGCUUGCCUACUACGAGCAUGCACAGACACCCAUGUCACAGGCCUUUCACCCUACUGUGAGUGGGGAGAGUGUGUAUGGGGACUUCAGCAUGGCACUGAGCCACCUGCAUAACAAGCUCAUCGCCACCAAGCGGCCAGAGGAGAUCCGAGGUGGCGGUCUGCUUAAAUACUGCAAUCUGCUGGUGCGGGACUUUCGGCCGGCCAGUGAGGAGGAGUUCAAGGGCCUGGAGCGGUACAUGUGUUCACGCUUCUUCAUUGACUUCCCUGACAUCGGUGAGCAGCAGCGCAAGGUGGAGGCCUACCUCCAGAGCCACUUUAUAGGCGAGGAGAAGAGCAAGUACGACUACCUCAUGAUCCUGCGGCGAGUGGUCAACGAGAGCACGGUGUGCCUUAUGGGCCAUGAGCGGCGGCAGACCCUCCACCUCAUCUCGCUAAUGGCCUUCCGAGUGCUUGCGGAGCAGAACGCUAUCCCUGAUGCGUCCUGCGUCACCUGCUACUAUCAGCCGGCGCCUUAUGUCCGAGACCACAACUUCAGCAACUACUAUGUGUCUAACCAGAACAUUCCAACAUGGCUGCCGUGUAACUGACAAAACGCGUAGAAGGAUGUACAAGAGGACACCGCCUCCGCUGCUGCUGCUGCUUUUGAGAAGAGAGAAGGAAUAAAAACACCUCCCCAAACAAAUUAAAGGAAAAAAAAAUAAAUGCUAUGUUCUUCUCAAGGCACAUUUAUAUUUAAGUGGACAAGUGUUUUGCUUUGUUUUUUGGAAUCCUUUCUCAUUCCUUAUCUACAGAGGUGUCUAGGUCAUUGAAUAGAAAGUGAUAUUUUUAAGUGUUUAGAUUUAUUCUUUCUCAUCAUGUUUGGUUGUUUCUGUGUUUAUCAGCCUUUAUUCUUAAUGGAGUUGUAUUUUUGUGCCUUAACCCCCCCCCCCCCCCCCCCCCCCCCAAUAAUUUAAGUGUGGGCUAUUUUUUGAAGAAAGGGAAGGAAAAGAAAAUGUUACAGCCUUAAAUUUGUUUUUCUCCAGUUAACAAAAUAAUAAAAUGUGAAAAGGCAGAAAAAAAAAAAUUAAAAAUUGAAAUAUUGGGGAAGCGGUAAUACAAUAGGUGAUGGCCCAAAAAAAAAAAGCAGAGCACCAGUGUUAAGUUUAGUUCACUGGGGAUGGAAUUAAGGUGGUACACUAAUAACUUUGUUCACAUCAGAAAUGAAGGGGACGUGAGAGGGGUCAAUUUAAAAUAAUUGAUUUUGACAUGUAACUAGCUCUCAGACAUUUGUGAUCUCCAUAAUAUGCCGUUAGUGCCUGUGAUUAUUUGUAAACGAUGCAAGAGAAAAUGUGUCCAUUUUUCAUUUUCCACUGUGAAUUUAAGUGUGGGACGAGACCCCUCCACCCCCCCACCCCCAAAGCCUGGCUUUGAGUGGGAUUCUGCAGUGAGACAGUUUUGGCCUCAGAUAGACGGGCUCCUGUGUGUCUGAGGAGUUCAUUACCCCCCCUGUUUUUAAGUCACUUCCAACGCCUCAGACACAUCCAGAUGUCACAAUCCUUUCGUUAUUGUGGGAGGCUGGCUGACAGCACAGAGUGGACGUAGGCCCGUUGAGAUAAUGCGGCUGGCCUCGUUGCUUGGAGCGAGAGCUGGUUGGCAGGCUGACCGGCUGUCCUUUCCCUUAAAAGGAGCAGCACAUGGCGUGCCGGCAGGGUCGUCCCUCACAACCAUUGCAGGCUCGACGGCAGCCCUGAAAUGGGCUCCUCGUCUGUUGCAGCUCAGCGACUGGUUCUCACACUACCGCCCGUCUAUAAUUAUCCUCUUCUUUUUUUUUUUUUUUUUUUCCUGGGGGAGGUACCGUCUGAACCGAGAACGGGUGUGCAAGCAGGAGCCCUGCCACCUUACAUGUGUGGGAGCUGAAUCACUUCCGGUCCACUACUAGUGCCUGCUGGGUACCCUGCAGUCUUUGAACCCCUUUUGUGGUCAUGAGGACAGACACCAGCAAGUGAGAAUGGUAUGUUAAGAAAAACGCCAGCAUGCCCCCACCCUCCCAAACCUACGAAUUUCUAUUUCUAGCCAAGCCUAUUAUUAGCUGUUAAUUUUUGCAGUGUGGCAUAGCAUAUGGCGUAAGCUGUGACUUAAACCUGUCUCAUCUUCCCUCUCCUGACAUUGUAGUAUCCAGGUUUUGAGAGGAGUAAAGUUGCUCUUAAACCUCUUGUGUAAGUGGCAGCUGCUGUGUGCCCCCUCGCCCUCCCCAGUUCUACAGAAGUCCUCUAUUAUUCCUGCUCACUGCCUUGCCGCUCAUCUCACUGCGGCUCGUGUUUAUACCAGAUAACCAGGAAACUCCUUAUCUGGCUGACCCACAACUCCUGGCUAGUUGGAGAACUGCUAGGGGAAGGUUAGCUCGGCCUCUUCUGCAGGUCACAACCCGGGGUCAGGGCAAGUUCUGCUGGCUUAACUGCUGAACUUUUGGUAUAGGAACUGCCAUAGUCUGUUUUUUGUGUUGUUUUAAAACAAAUGAGGUGCCACACACUCUGGACCAAAGUCUGCUUUACAACCAGCAACUGAAGCACAAAAGUGCCUUUUGACUUUUCAGAGAAUGCUUUAGCUUUUUAAAAGUAGGUUUUUUUUUUUUUGUUUUUUUUUUUGGUUUUUUAAAUUGGUGAUUAAGAGGGAUUAGCUUUCAGCCCCUUUAAAUCCUGUGGAACAUAACUAAAUACAAGACUGUAAUCGCUAUAUUAGAUACUAGUUUAUGGGAGAACAUUUGGUUGGGGAUAUAAUUUUGGUUUGAAUUUAAGUUUUUGAUACUUUAUUCUUUUAGUUUCAGUCCCAACCCAUACUUUUCCAUGAAUCUACUGGUCUAGUCAUUCCUAUCAGUCUUCUCAGCUAUUUAGUUAUUUUCCCUUCUUUGUGUUUUACUAGUAGUUUGGGCCUCAUCACUGGCAACCAUGUUGACUUCAGUAUUGCCUGAAUGCCUUUUCAAAUGACAUAUUUACACCCCUACUUUAAUGGACUGCCCAGCAUUGUAUCUCUUCCUGCUCCAAAGCAAUCUGGCUAGAUUUGUUUUGUUCCCCCAUCCAAACCAAAGCAAUACCUAAAGUGCACUGACGAGCCAUACUGUGGCACAGUAGCUGGAGGUCACCCAGCAGAGACCCCAUACUAACAGAAGCACUUUAAAGAGGCCUUGUUUUACUCCAAAUCCAGCCACCUGAGAGAAAUGUAAAUAAGCUAAUGUGGUCAAUUGCUGAAGGGAGUUGAGCUGGUUCUCAGGGACAUAAUGUGUUUUUGAGGGCUUUGUUUUGUCAGUUUGUUUUGGAAGGGUAAAUUGGUUUGAUCUGCCCUUAACAUUGAGAUGUCUCUUCCUGAUACUCUCCUUCAUUUUGUGUCUUUUCCUCUCUGUAUUCUCUUUCUCCUCUUCUCACCCAAGCUACAGGUUCUUAUUAGAGUAGAUCAUGCUUGAAGGUGGAGGUAAGCCAGCAGACUUCAGCUUACUACAGCCUGGCAGCAGCUGUUUGCUCGGAACCCUUAUAAUCACUGUGGAUAGUCCCUUCCUAGUUAAGCGCCAGCAGCUAAAAUCCCUUUCAGGAAAUUGCACCCCAGAACCUCUAUCAUUCCCCAGUUUGUUCAUGUUCUCUGACUGAUUAUAAAUGGGUUAAUCAAAGCAUUCAACAUUCAAAACCAGCAUCCUGGGUGCGCUGCUGCUGCUCACAGUUGCAGGUUGAAGUCUGCUGAGCGUGGCGAGGACUCUUAACUUCCUUGGCUGGCUUUCUUGUUGACAUCGCUCACUAGUUGCGAGCAAGGUCAAAGAAAAUGACAAACAUUGCCUGGAAUGUAAAUCCUCUGCGUUUUUUGAGCCCACCCUACCUUCAUGUGUUUACGGUUAUUUUUCUGACGACUGAAAAAUGUGUACCUGUUAAUGAAAGCUUUACCCCCCACAACCCCACUAGAUGAGAGGGGGGCUGCAGCAGGACCCAUUAUAAAUCACUUCCUUCGUCAAGAAUGAUGUAUGUAUGUUUCAUGUAUGAAUCUUUUUGUGAAGGACGGUGUGUGUGUGUGUGUGUGUGUGUUUCUUUUUUUUUUUUUUUUUUUUUUUCCUGCUGUAAACUUCUGUGUUGUUGAUCCCGUUGCUUCUCUCCCACCCUGCCUUUGGUCGUCCAACUUGUUUGGGCCUUUGGUUUAUUAGUGUGUGUGUGUGUGUGUGUGUGUGUGUGUGUGUGUAUAUUAUUUUUAUAUAUAUUUUUUUUUUUUUUUUUUUUUAUUUGACACCUGUAGAUGUAUUCUUUGCUGCGGGGGAGGGGUGCAGAGCAAGCUGUGGAUUAGAUAUUUAGUGGUUAUGCUUGUCUAAAAUUACAAGUCUUAACACCAUAGGAAUGUGAUGGAGGCCCUCUGGAAGCUCUCCUACAGUUUCGAUAUGAAGAGUUGUGAAUUUCUUUUUGCAGCAGAUUUGUGUUUACGUUAAUGUGUGAAGGUGUGUGUGUGCUUGUUUGCAUGUGUAUGAAGGGAUGCUUGUGGCUAUAAGUUUAAAAAAAAAAAAAAAAAAGUGGGGAAAAAUAUGAAAUUUGUCGCACUAUAUAUAUUUUUUUGAAAUGGUUAAUGCAAAAGAGCUUUUUUGUCAGCUUUGUGUGAUUGUGACGAUGAGUUUGAUGGUUACAACCAUUAUACUAUUUCAUUUUUCAGCACUUUUACCUCACUUGAGUUUUUCCUUUUGAAUGGAAAUGUAUAUGUACAUCAGGAAAAUGUGUUUGAAGAGGAAAUAAUUAAAGAGUAUUAAAUGCAGAA